AAAAAACAUAAUCUCUCUUAUAAAAAUUUCAAGAAUCUCAAGAUCCACGAUAUGUACAAUGAAUGCACCUCUCCGUCCUCCGCUAGAUCAACGAGAGGUCACAGAAUGAGAACUCCGAUAUGCUGUUUAGGAGCCAACGCGGUGGUUGAGCCUGAAGCCAUGAUCAUCGGUCAUCAGAGAACUCCUAAAUCUCCUUACGAGUGGCUCAAAUCCACCGCGCAUGAGCUCGAGAUCAGAGACCGGUGCCGACGCGUCAAGACACGCAUCAAGGUUACGUGCCGCAAUAACAAUUGUGUUUAUCAUCAUCAAAGACACCACAGCCAGGGUUCUCCUGGAGAUUUCAGCUACGAUGCGUUGAGCUACGCGCUUAAUUUCGAGGACGAUGUACGAGCGGACGAGGACGGUUCUUUCCCGAGUUUCACGGCGAGGUUGCCUGCGUCUCCGGUGGGGAAAACUAGGUCGAAGACGGUUGAUCUGAUCUUGUUCUGACCGGUUCAUUGAUCCUUUCUAUAAUGAGAAAUUGUAUCGCAAUAUGACGUCAUUAUUAUAUAUAUGUAAAUGCCCUCGCAUAAUGAUUAGUUACAUGUAAUAUGAAUAUGAUUGAUGUGUGAAGAAAAAAAAAAGAUAUUUUCUAUAUAUAUCUCUGAUUUUUCAUUGUAGAA